ACGGAUGUUUUACUAUGAACUGGAAAUUGGGAUAGUAAUAUUUUUUUUUGCGGUAUCCCUGCCAUUACUCGAGAUCGUUAUACAUCAGGCAUAGUAAUAUUAACAAUCUUUUAAUUUUUAUAGUAUUUUCUAAUUUGUUUAAAUCAGCCAGCGAAAAUGCCAAAAUGCAAAAGGGGAGCUUCAACAACAGGAAAACGUCCACCAAGAGGAAAAAGACCUCGCCAGCAAAAAUCUGACAAUGAAGAUAGUAAUGAUAUUUUCAAAAUGCUUGCAAGUACCACCAAUAGUGGCGAGUGCUCCCCGACCUUUACUGAUGAAGAAGUAUUCGCACGGUCAAACGCGGAGACACCUCCAGCAAAGGUGAAGAAGCCGCCAGUAAAGGCGAAGAAACCUCCAGCCAAGGCUAAGAAACCUCGUAAGCAAAAAUCUGACGAUGAAGAUAGUAGUGAUUCUGUCCAGCCUCCAGAAAAAUUUGAACUACAAUGUUCACCAAAUGGAGAAAAGUUACCUGAAGAGUUGUUGCAAACAUUUUAUAAAACGUCUGGAGUUCUCUUGAUUGCUGGCCUUGUCUCAUGGGAUUUGGUAGCUAAAAGAAGCAAUAAUCCUUUGAAGAAGACUCACCCUAAUCUCUACACUUUCCAUAAGUUUACUGAUAGAAAGUACAGACUAGUAGUGAGUGGAUGCAGUGCAGGUCAUUCCAUUCUGAUCUCAGAAGAUGGACGUGCAUAUACUUUUGGGCGCAACUCGUGUGGACAACUAGGCUUUGGCGACACAACCACCCGCAAUGUGCCCGAGCUCGUGCCCUAUCUGCUAGACUACAACAUCAUUCACGCCGCUGUUGGCAGAAAUCACUCGCUGUUUGUUACAGACACUGGCACCGUGUUCGCUUGCGGCGACAACAAGAGCGGCCAGUGCGGCGUCGGCUCCACCACCCCGCAGAUCCUACUGCCAACCCGUAUCCGAUACCCAGGUGCUCCAAUAGUCAAAGUAGGAUGUGGAGCAGAGUUUUCUAUGAUCCUCGAUUGCAAUGGAGCAUUGCACUCCUUUGGGUUGCCUGAGUACGGACAGCUAGGUCAUAAUACUGAUGGAAAGUUUUUCGUUACAUCUACAAAGCUUUCAUACCACUUUGAGACGGAGCCUAAAAAAAUGACUUUCUUCUAUGAAAAAUCUAAGGAUGGACAUGUGACACCAAUCAGAGAUGUGGAAAUAGUUGAUUUUUCCUGCGGUAACAACCAUACAGUGGCGAUAGACUCGUCCAAGCGCGCCUUCAGCUGGGGCUUCGGUGGGUUCGGACGGCUCGGGCACGCGGAGCAGAAGGACGAGAGCGUGCCGCGUCUCAUCAAGUACUUCGACUCGCAGGCGCGCGGCGUGCGCUCCGUACACUGCGGCGCCACCUACAGCCUCGCCGUCAACGAGCUCGGGGCACUGUUUAUGUUUGGACAAACAAAACGCACUGGAGAAGCGAACAUGUAUCCUAAACCAGUCCAGGAUCUCGCAGGUUGGAAUAUCCGUAGUGUCGGCACUAGCAACACGUCCGUCGUCAUCGCGGCGGACGAUUCUCUUAUCGCUUGGGGGGUCGCCCCUACCUAUGGUGAACUGGGCACUGGCGACAUCAACAAGUCGACGGCCAGGCCGAAGGAGGUAACGUCCAUGGAGGGCCUUAACAUCACCCAGGUGGCGAUGGGCUUCUCCCAUACUCUGCUUCUCUGCAACGACAGCUCGGAGGAAGUGAAGCAGAAGUUGGCAACCAUGCCUACCUUCGACCCUUAGAAUACUAAGGAUAUCUUUAAGCUAUAGUAAUAAGUGAUCGCACAUCGAGUUGCAACAGGCACGGAAAUCGCCAGAGCCAAUUAUUCUUCUUUUUGAAAAACUUAUUUUUUGUUAUAAUUUUAGUUAGUAGCUUCUAGGCUACUCUUUCUAGCUAGAGUGGAGCUAAUGACCACACUAACGGCAAAUCAACAGGCAUUAUUGAGCGUAUACAUGAGCGUCGCGAGACGUCCUGUCCAUAUCAAAAUCAUGUUUCGUAUGAAAAUCACAAAUCAAGACUUUUUACACUUCAAUAGAACACAGGAAAAGCUCGCGCUACUGCCUGGCAGUGUACUAGGCAAUCUAUAUCUCAAUAACUGUUGAAUACUCCUGCCUUACCAUUAUUAUAUUAGCUUUCCGAUAAAAUGAGCGGUAAUAGCUUCUGAUGAUUCGUUUGAAAAUUUCUUAGAUAUACUUUUAAUCAGCCAAAACUGAAUCGAUAACUUUCAAAUUUAAUCAAAGGUAAAAGUAGUUUUAUGUCUGCUUAUAAAAUUCUAAGUCAAACAAUAGAGGCAAGCGAAUAGUCGUUUCCCUGAAAGUACCCGGACAUGAAAAAAGUUACACACUACAUACUGCAAAUAUACAGUAAUAAAAAUUAACCCUUUAGCAUUCUUCACAUUGUACUUUAUCUAAAUGCUCAAUCAGUUGUUCCAUAUGCGUUCAUCACAAGCGAUACGUACGGUCAGUAAUCGCAAGGCGUAAUCGAAACAUGUUGUGCUCUGGAGAUGUAUAGUUUGGAUGAUUUUUUUAUAAAGAAGAACGCGGGAGAAAUUCCCACAAUUUUUCCCCCACAUAUCGAUUCUGGUCGCCGUUAUACCGAAAGGCUUUCUUGUACAAUUCCGGAUAUUUGUGGGCUAGAGCUAUUAAAAAUUCUUCAUACAUUUUUAAACUAACGAUAACCUUGAAAACUGCACUUAGAUGCAGCGAUUAUAUUCUCCUUGGCGGCUUCCCCGCGUGCAUUGAGACGCACCGCAUCGCCGCAGAAGUUCGCUAGCAAUGCGCACGAGAAAAUUAUCUUAGCGGAUCUCAGAUCCUAUGUCCAGAUCGCUCCCGCGUCUGUAGCGGUGCGUCUAGUAAAAACUGACUGAGAAAAGAGGGAUAGAAAAACUUGGGUCGUAAUAAUUUGGAAUUAGUUUUAAAAACAUUUGAUUUUUUUUAUUAAUUUGAUUAAACUAAAGGAACUAAAAAUAAAACAUAUAAAAACAGAUGAUUCAUUGUUUUCCAUUAAAUGAAACACUUAUAAAGGAGCCAUAGUCGAUAUUGUACGGAGGGACAAGUAAACAAAUCCAAUACGUUUAGUAUUUAGGUAGAAUUUUGUAAUUAAUAACGAUGCAUAAUUUUUUAUCGUCGUGAUCCAUUCGAUCAAGAGGAAAGUAAAAAUAUUACACGUUUAAUAUGGCGACCACAUUCUGCGCAUGUUUUAGAUAAAUUAUUUCAUUUUUUAGAAUUUAAAUUACUUGUACAAUUUCAUAUUCGCAG